AUGACUUUUGUGCUCUCAUCUCUUAAGAAUAGCAUGAUAAAGGCUUUGAACACCCAGGAAGAAGAAAGAAAGGAAUUUGCUGAAGUUAUCAAAGUUCUUACUGAAUAUGACAAUACUCUGAAGAAGAACACGAAGUUUCAAGCAAAGGAGAAUGCUAAAGCUGAUGCUGAUAGAGAUCAACCUCGAAUCACCCAAGGUGAGUCAAGCAGAAGAAGUGACGGUGUGUCAACCGGCACUAGAUCCAGACGAGCUCCAAGUAACGAUGAAAAUCCUAGGACAACUAAAAGAGGCAGAGGUCGAAGCGGUGGUGAUCGUGGAGGCCGAAUCAGUGGUGGUGGUCUCGGUAGGCAAUCUGGGUUUGAUCAAAGAGGUCAUGCCAGUGACGGUGAUCGUGGUGAUAGACCAAGUGGAAGCGGUCGUGGUGGUCGCAGUCUUCCUCCGUUUCUAAACAUGUUAACCGGUCAAGACAUGAGCCCAGCCGAUCCUCGAGUUAAAGGGGGAGAACAAUAA